AUGUCAUUAAAUAGUGAUAAUAUUUUAUUAGUAACUGCUGGUUAUGAUCGAACAAUACGGUUUUGGCAAGCUAAUACUGCAGCUGUUUAUCGAACAAUAAUGCAUGAAGAUUCUCCAACAAAUUGUUUGGCAAUACAUCCACAAAAAACUUUAUUAGCAGCUGGUAGUUAUCAACAUAUAAAAAUGUAUGAUUUAAUGUCAAAUAAUCCAAAUCCAGUAAUGAAAUUAGAUCAAUUACAGAAAAAUAUAGUUACAUUAGGAUUUAGUGAUGAUAGACAAUUUAUGUUUUCAGGCGGAGAAGAUCGUUUUGUAAGAAUUUGGGAUAUGAGAGCGGCAAAAACAAAAGCUCAUCGACAAACUGAUGUUGAUGGUGCUAUUAAUUGUGUUACACUUCAUCCUAAUCAGGUUUGA